GGAAGUUAUAUUGUGCUCAGAGAACUUCUCAUAUGCACAUCAGAAACAACUCACUCAUGCACUCGUUAAUAAUCUAAAGUACAUGAGAAUCAAAGGAUAUGUCUCUGAAAGGGAACAACAAUGGGAUAUCCAACGGACUUAAGACCCUGGCUGUUUCAGAUGGAGAACUGAAUGUACUGGAAACAGAUAAUCGGUCAGCAUCACAGUACUCCAGCAGUAACAGCAGUCUGCCCACCGUGCCCAGUGAAGGGAGCAGAGGGGUGGGUCAGGUGGCCAGCUGGGCCGUCAGCUUUGAGAGGCUCCUGGAGGACCCAACAGGCGUACGCUACUUCACAGGAUUUCUGAAAUCUGAGGUCAGUGCUGAGAACAUCUUGUUCUGGCUGGCAUGUGAAAAGUUUCGAAAAAUACCCGUCCAUCAAACUGAGCAGCUUAAGAAAGAGGCAUCUUCAAUUUAUAACACUUUCCUGUCCAGCAAUGCAACAUCACCCAUCAACAUAGAUGACAGGGUACGGGUUGAGGAGAAAGAUGUUCAAAAUCCUCAUCCUGACAUCUUUCAAAAAGCACAACAACAGAUCUUCAAACUGAUGAAGUUUGACAGCUAUUCUCGUUUUGUGCGCUCACAGCUCUAUCAGAGCUGCAUGCUAGCUGAUGUGGAGGGCAGUCCUCUGCCGGGGCUGGACUCUCGUGGCAGACCCAUCCCAGCAACAAAACCCACCAGCAGCACUUCACCCAAAGAGCAAGUCAAAUUCGAUAGAACUAAGGAGAGGUUAAAGGUGAAGCUUGGAACAGCAGAUGGUGAUGAGGUGGUAGAGAGGAGGAAAGUCAAUCUUCAAGGCAUGAUAGGAAAGGACAAGCGCAAAGAAAAGAGAGGGUCCUGGGGAGAAUCACCUAUCAGCUUCAAGACUGGACUUGUGAAGAGUUCAGAGGUUGACAAAUUAGUGGCACGCUCUGCAGACGGAAGGGUAGAUAAGUACUGCUGUGUCUUCCUGCCUGAUGGUACAGCUUCUCUGACCCCAGCCCGACCUGGCGUCACAAUCCGGAACAUGCUCACUGGACUGUGUGAAAAAAGAGGCCUUCCUCUUUCAGACAUCAUUAUUUAUCUACAUGGCAAAGACAAACAACCACUGUCACUGGACCAGGACAGCUCUGUGCUGAAGGACCAGCAGGUGUUUUUGGAACUGAGGGUCACAUUUGCAGUGAAGGUAGCCUUCGCAGGAAAGACGGUGGCCGUUGUAGUGAAGUCUAAUAAGACCCUGCAGGACGCCCUAGCGGCCAUGCUUCAGAAAUACCGCCUCAGGUCACAGGAUGCCAUUGUCAGCAUGAGUGAAACUGGAGAGAUAUUAAGUAUGAACACAGCAGUCACCUCUUUGGCCAAUAAGACACUAAUUCUAGAUAAAGCAGGUGUUGAUCAGGCCAGCAGCCCCAAAGGGAACUCAACUCCUUCAUUACAAGAUCGGAGAGGUGGUGUGGAUGCAAACAUGUUCCCUCCAGGGAUUUCCAGAUCUGCUGCCCGUCAGAAGAACCCUGGAUUGAGAAGAACCUAUGACAUGGAGGGUUUGGUGGAGUUGUUAAACCGAGCUCAGUGCUGCAGUGCUGAUGAUCAACGAGGCCUGCUGAAGAAAGAACAUCUAAUGCUGCCUCAGUUUCUCCAGUUACCCAUGGAAGAAGUGGACGAAGCUGAGACAAACAGAUCACUGGAGGAGUCUUGCUCCAGUAUGGGGUCUUUUGAAGUGGAUUCUCCUGGAGUACAAUCAGAAACAUUAGGGAAGGAACAAUCAGAAAAUGAGUGCUCAAACCAAGCUCGAGAAACCGUGGUGUGAGCUAAACGGACCUGUUACAUCUUUUGCUUCAAUGAUCUGUCACACUGGAGCAUGAAGAAUAGAGAAUAAUGUUUCAGCAAUGUGAACAUGGUGGUCUUUAAUGAUGGACAAUUUUUCUUUAUAAAAGCAAUGAUAUGAAAUAUUGUUUACAGUAGAUGUAAUUCUGCACGUUAUUGUCCAGCUGCUUGUAUUUAUUUUAAAAUGAUUUACAUAACAAAAUUGCAUUCUGUGUUCACGAAGACAUUGCAUACUUGGCUUAAAGGUUAAACAUUAGCUAAUGCAUUAGUUAUCGGGAAUUAAGUUUUUAAGCAUUUAUAAGGCUGGAUUAAUUUUAAUUUAUAAAUGUAUAAAUUUGCCUUUAAAGGGUUAGUUGACACAAAAAUGAAAAUUAGCCCAUAAAUUACUCACCCUCAAGUCAUCCUAGGUGUAUAUGGCUUUCUUCUUUCAGACAAAUCCAGUCUGAGUUAUUUUAAAAAUUGUCUUUGAUCUUUCAAGCUGUUUAAUGACACUCACCUGGAGUCUCAGGCAGCUCUGGGGGCUGAACAAAGGCCUCCUGUAGCGAAUCGAUGCAUUUUUCUAAGAAAAUAUAAAUAUUCAAAAAGCAGUAAUCACUUACUAAUGUAGCUUGCGCCAACAGUUGCACACAGAAGCAGCUCUGGGCGGAUGACGUAUGAGGUCGGCCUUGCGCAUGCACUGGUGAGUCUCAUGAAAAACAAUGUUUCUUAACAGGAGCGAAGGAAGAAAGGUUUCCUUACUUUAGUAAAGGAAAACCAGUCUCCUCUUGGCUUAUAUCAAAAUCCUCUGAUAUUUUUCUUUACAAAUCCUAAUUUUGUACUUAUAAUUUGUGACCGUCGUUUUGUUUUGAUCUCUAGCCUGUGCAUAUGCAUUCGUCACUUCUGAGCGGCACAUGUGCAAAGCCGACCUCAUAUGUCAUCUGUGUACAACACCGAGCACAAGCUAGAUUAAAGUGAUUAUUACGUUUAAAAUAUUAUUAUUAUUUUUCUUACAUCAAACUUUGUUCACCCUCCCGGAGCUGUGCUAGGCAUUAAGGAUGGGCUUUUUUAUUUAACUUAUUUUGGACUGAUGCACUGUAACACCCACUGAGUGCCAUUAAACUGCUUGCAAAGAUCAAAGACACAUUUUUUAUAUAACUCUG